AUUCCUCCCGAGGUACUGUAAAUGAGGGGAAGGGUUUAAACGCCGGAACGGUUUCCGGCAGUGACGUGUGCAGGUCGGGGUUUUUGGGGCGUGCCAGCAGUGCAGACAUGAAGUUAUACAGCCUGAGUGUAUUGUACAAAGGCGCCACAAAGGUUAACCUUCUCAAAGCUGCAUAUGAUGUCUCGUCCUUCAGUUUCUUCCAGCGAUCCAGUGUCCAGGAGUUCAUGACAUUCACAAGUCAACUAAUUGUGGAACGGUCGGAGAAAGGAAACCGGGCUGCAGUGAAGGAGCAAGACUACUUGUGUCAUGUCUACAUUCGCAAUGAUUCACUGGCAGGGGUGGUUAUUGCAGACAGCGAAUAUCCAUCAAGAGUUUGCUUCACACUACUCGAUAAGGUACUAGAUGACUUCUCCAAGCAGGUGGACAGUAUAGACUGGCCGGGGGGAAAUCCAAACACUAUUCACUACACAGGACUGGAUGCUCAGCUGGCUCGCUAUCAGAACCCUCGAGAAGCCGAUGCAAUGACUAAAGUACAAGCGGAACUGGAUGAGACCAAAGUCAUCUUGCAUAGCACAAUGGAGUCUCUGCUAGAACGAGGAGAGAAACUAGAUGAUCUGGUGUCAAAAUCAGAAGUUUUAGGCACACAAUCAAAAGCUUUCUACAAAACGGCUCGGAAACAGAACUCCUGCUGUGAGAUCAUGUGAUCUGCGCACUGGCCCACUCCUCUGCCUUCACUAACAUUUGGUUUUUGAGAAAUGUCUUCAGCCCGUCUGGCAAAUAACGGUCCCAUCACGUGGACAACCGCAGAACAUCACACUGAGGCUAGCCUGCCGACACCAUGGCGCACCUGGGUUGAAGACGGCUAUUUCUUUUGUUUUGGUGUGCAGCUGUGAGUGAGCGCAGCCUCUUCUGGUCCUCCCUACAUCGCCGACGGAGUUGUGAUGGUUUCCUGUUGGCUACCGGCGGUUGUCAUGGUGAUUGCAGCAGCUUUCAGUCUCUGCUUGUGUGAUGUCCCUUGUGAAACUCAAUCUGAGUGCUUGUGUGAUGCUGGGCAUUCUGUAUGUUAGUGAUAAGCCCACCUGGCAGCAUCUGGUGGAGAAUUAACUUGGGGACCUCUUUUCCCCUUUGCAAAUGUGGCAGUGUGCUUGGUGUACAGUUUCUGGGUGAUGGUGUCUUCCAUGGUCCACACUGGUGUGCCUUGACAUUGCAUCCAUCACAGCUUAAUACUGUCCCUUCCUGUGUUAGACCUGCCUGCCUGUAGAUCAGAAACAGGGGUCUUGGUUUUAUUAUUGUGAUUUGUUACCAGCUACUGUCUUUGCUGUGUUGAGAUGAUAGCAGUUUUGCCCACUAAAGCCAUUAGAGCGGGGUUCACGGCCUGGUUUUUUUUUACGCCAUGGACCCGUACCAUUAACCGAAGGUCUGUGGACCCCUGGUUGGGAGCCCCUGACUAGAAGAAAGCCUUAAUUUAACCAAACUGGCUUGAACAAUUUGCUUUCAAUGCAUGAGGCAAAAUGCAGGAACAAAAUAAGGGUCCAGGGUCCCCUCUAUUGUGCACUGAUCUAGAUUGUCCAGUUUUGGCACACGGGCAUUGAUUUUGACUAAACCAAAGGUUACACUGAGGCGGAGCCCUGGUGGCCAGUGCUGUGGAAGAUGUGUGUAACUGUUUGUGUCUUUCUAGUUAAUCUUUUAAGUGGUGAGAACUAUCUCCACCAGUGAAGCUAUUUCAUUACUGUAUGAGCUAUUCUCUUGUCCCAGCAGGUUACUUGCUCCCCCCAGUGAACUACUUUGAUCAUCUUUUUGGAUGAGGUUUGCCCUUUGACAACGUCACUCACAAACCAGCUUUGAAGGUAGGAGUGGCGCAGAAUGGAUUUGAAUUCCCUCCACCCUGCUCCCUGGGAAUGGCAUGCAGCUGAUGUCGUGACCUGGGCACACUCACCAUUAAGGUACCAACCCUAAAACGAAGCUGCUCAUUUUAAUUGUCUCCCCGAUCCAGCAAUCCAAAAUCAGUGUGCAAGUGCAUUUCUGUACAAAUGUCGCCUUGCCUGUGUGUGCACACAACUGUGGCACUGUUCUUGUUUCCGGUCUCUCCUGCUCACGUGGUGUACACCAUUACAGUGAGAUUAUCUCCAUGUGGAGAAGUUUAGCUUUUAUGCUUGAGGACGGUUCUCGACAAGCAUUCCAAUUUCUGUGACGUAGCUUGAAAGCAAGUUUUCAUAUUGCCUCUAAUAUAGAAAUGGCUUCUGGAAAUAAUUGGGAAAAUGUCUAGCUCAGGUGGUUGAUGGGUUGAGUUCUGUGAUCUUGGCGAUUUAUGAGUGUUUUGUCAGCAUACGAGGAGACAUUGUCAGUGCGCUGUUGAAGUCUCCUCGCAUGGUAACGAAACAUUUGCAAGCAAAUUGCCAGGAUUGGAGAAUAACUCAACCCAACCGGAAGUGGCUUCUGUUCACUGUACAAUACCUCAGUCAAGUUCAAGGAGGGUCUUAAUAUCAAAAAGCAUGUCAGAUUCUGUAGUUCAGCUGCACAAGCCGAGUUUCUUAGUGCUUCACUGAAUACACUAAAUUAUUCCAUACAAGAGCAAACCUGCUCGAGGCAAUACCUAUGAUUGGUAGCAAUGAGCAAGUAUGAUUCCACAAUGUAAUGAGUACUUUCCCAGUGAUGGAGGUCUGCUUUAAAACUGUACUUCAGUGGCUGGAUUGGAAAUGAUGACAUUUUGGAAACUAUGAAUUAUACUUCUGGGAACAUAUUCCAUGUACCAUUUUAGUAUUACUAUUUAAUACAGCGUCUAAUAUAGCAACAAGCAUCUCGCUUAUGAUCACUUUGUGAUUUACUAGAUGUUUAAUUCUCUACCAGGUUCUUCUCUCCCCCCACAGCCCCCCAAGAGAUACACACAAGAGAUUCUGCAGAUGCUCUAAACACACACAGAAAUGCUGGAGGAGCGCAGCAGGGCAGGCAGCAUCUAUGGAUAAACAUAACUUUAGUCUUUGUAAAAUGACAAAUGUUUGUGUAUGAAUGCUGGUGAACUUUAGUGGAAAUUGUAUUUGAAGUUACUGAUUUGGUUCUAAGGUGUUGAUUACUUACACUGUUGUAAUCUUGCCUUUUCCAAGUGUACAAAGUUUACCUUCAAAAAAUAUUCUAUGGAUAAAUAGUCAAUGUUUUGGGCCAAGACCCUUCAGGACUGGAAAGGAAGGGGGAAGAAGCCAGUGUCCUCUCAUCAGAUUCAUUCUUCUUUGGCCUUUUAACCUCUUCCACCCAUCUCCACCCACCUUCUGACUCCAUCCUUCUGUGCCCACCUGUCUUCCCCCUUACCUGGUCUCAUCUAUCACCUGUCAGCUUAUACUCCUCCCCCGCUCCCCUUCCUCCUUCCUUUCCAGUCCCGAUUAAAGCUUUCGGCCCAUAACAUUGCCUGUUUAUUCCCCUCCAUGGGUGCUGCCUGGCCUGCUCAGUUUCUUCAGCAUUUUCUGUAUGUCUGUUAUCCCCCAACAGAUGCUUUGCUUAAUUAAGCCAACAGACAUCUGUCUUAAUUUUCAGCAAAUGGCCACGUCAUUAGCUGCAUGUUUUUAACCAGCUCUUCAUGGCACGAUCAUUAAGCAGGAAUGUGCAGAGGCUCACACAGACUAGUCUCGUCAGAGUCUGUCGGAUCCUGGUUCUGCAUAAGCUUUUAAUCUUGUGUGCUAUCAGAAGUUAAAAUGCAGCUUUAUCAGUUUUCCAGCUUGUUCUGAAAUUUGCUUAUCAUUGGUGUUCUGCGCUUUGCAUUACAUUGGUGUAAUGGUUAACAUCUGAAAUAGACUUUCAUCAGUCUGUGAUUUAGAAUCUAAGGGUUUAAAUUUAACUACAUUGUUAUCUUGCAUUUUAUCCUACAUUUAAACGUAGGACAAUUUUACUCACAUCCAUUGUCUGGGCUUCAUUUGCUACGUUACUUUGUGGUAUCAGUACUGAAGUGACCAGUCUGUGCCCAGUCAAAGACUCCUUCAUGUAGAAUAGGGUUGCCACCUUUGAUUAUUCUUUUGUUUACAUGUCUUUUGCAAAGUCCACCAUGAUCUUGCAAGUCUCCAUCUCCAUAUCUGGCUGUUCUGGCUUUUGCAAACAUGUCUGGCAAAUGCCUGGAGUCUUUUUCUCGAGUAACACACUCAAAAUGCAGCAGGUCAGAUAUCAUCCAUGGAGAGGAAUAAACAUUUGACAUCUCAGCCCGACACAGACUUUUAAUUCCUCUCCAUAGAUGCUGACUGACCUGAGUUGCUCCGGCAUUUUGUGUGGUGUAACUCCGGAUUUCCAGCACCUGCAGAAUCUCUUGUGUUCAUUGUGUUUUUUUUCCUCUUCUGCAUUGAUGUGUCCUUUUGGAAUUGUUAGCACUGUGAUCCUUGGUCCAACCUGUAUCGUGUUCACAAGGGCCUGUGUCAACACGUGCUUUUAAAUGAUGAUUGUGGGGUGUUCCUUUCAUGGCUGCAUCACAAGCAAGAAUGAGAACUUUCGAUAUCCUCUACUGUCAUAACUCUGGAAUUUAUCCAGCUGACACCUUUUGAACCAAACUGUUCUGCUUAGUGACAGGUUGCAACAAGAACAAGUUUCCACCUUUCUCCAUUUUCCCACUUAAAUAAGGCACAGGCUGACUAUCAGGCCAGGGAGCAGACCACCCCAACAAUGCUCACUUCCCUAAAAUACUUUCUAAGUAGGUGCUGGGCGUAAUAUUACAUCACUGCCUCAUGGAAGGAGAUGUCAAAUAACUUUGUAUGUGGCCUUUUUUUUUUAAAGAAUGUAUCAUGCUUGAGCUCUCAACAGUUCAGUUGGUCCUGGCCAUUUCGAUUGAUUAGUGAAGAGUUUCUUGUGCUUGGUCGCACAAGGGUGAUCUUGAACGGAAAGUGAUUUGGGCUACCCUUGGAAAUGGCAUAAGCACAUGCAGGAGUAUGGCGGGAGCAUGGCCUGUGACGUUAAAACAAAUCGUGCGACAGUUAGAACAAACCUGCAGCACUUCUGGUGUGGCUUGCUGUGGCUUGCCUCCCACGCUGGUUUCCAUAACCACAGAAAGUGUCCAUCAUCCACAGUCUCAUCCCAGUGAAUGCUGCCCUGAUGACAAUGGGUGCAUCGGAAAGGGGGCUGUACCAUCUGAAAAAGCACUCCAUGUAAUGUAGCUACUAUGAGUGAGGAUUAAAUACAAUUUGUACAAGUAUUUUGCUUUUUCUAAUCAGUCAAACUGUAAAUGUGCUGUAACAAAUAACUUUAGUCUUAAUUGUAAAAUAACAAAUGUUUCUGUAUGAAUACUGGUGAUCUUUAAUGGAAAUUGUAUUUGAAGUUACUGGUUUGGUUCUAAUGUAUUGAUUACUUACACUGUUGUAAUCUUGCCUUUUCCGAAUGUAUAAAGUUUACUUUCAAAAUAAUCAUGGUCAUUUA